AUGGCUCUGGUGUGGUCGAAAUACACAGCAUUUAGUAAAAUUACAUCAAAUAUUCUUCGAAACUUUUCAUUAUCAUCAGUUAAUCAGCUCAAGGAAAUCAAGGAAGCUACAACAAAUGGCAGUCUUGUGAUCAAAGCAGAGUAUAUUCCAUCGCCGCGGCAAGAUACGGUUGUCGCGCAGCUGACUGAAGCUAAACAGAAAGGCGAGCGUUUUUGUCCUCAGUGCACACUAGGGCUAGACGUUAAACAUACCGAUGUGCUCAUUUUGAGUCAGUACCUACGAUCCGACGGAUGUAUGUUGCCUCGACGAAUCACAGGAUUAUGUAAGCGGCAGCAGCGCCGUAUGGGUGCCCUAGUAACUAUGGCCCAAAAAGCUGGCCUCAUGUCCAAUCUUAACCCAGCAAAUAGCAAGAAAGACCCCAAGAGACGUUACCAAUGGAAGAAGUAUAACAAGUAUUUCGACGAGGAAACGAUCAAAUGUUAAACGAAAAAAUGCAAAUAAAAUAGCAAGGAUAUAAAAG